UGAAAAGAAAGAAAUUGAGAAGUUGUGCUUAGCAGUUGAAUAUUCUGCAACUGCCACCGUGAAAGCUUUCUAUUCUUCUUCCACAGUUUUCAGUAAUAAUUAUGAUGCCAGCAGCUAUAAACACCACCACCCCAGGUUGCAGACCGCCUUUGUUUCCAGUGUGUUUUCCUCGUCAUAACCCAUGUUUUCUGGCCAACACUGCUCUGUUUUCCGGUUUGUCCCCCGUUUCCACGCUUAACAUAAGGACAUUUCCAUUGCCUGUACGUGCCAUUGCGAAUUCCAAUCAGGGUAACUCUGAUGGAAGUAAUCAUAAGAAGGUUUUGAAAUCAGCAAAUGUAUCAACCUUGGCAAAAGCAUUAUUCAAUUUUACUCUGACUAACUUCCUUCCUAUAGCUCUAAUCAGUGGAGUAGUUUUGGGAUUUUCAAAUCCGACUCUUGGCUGUCUUGCACACAGAUAUUCAUUGUCAAAAUUUAGUACUUGCGGAAUUUUCUUUAUCUCAGGGCUGAAGUUACGGGGUGGGGAAUUUCGAGCAGUUGCAGAAGCAUGGCCAGCUGGAAUAUUUGGGCUGGUUUCUAUUCUGUUGGUUAGCCCCUUAUUCUCCAGGCUGAUUUUGCAAGUUCAGCUCGCACCUCAGGAGUUUGUAACAGGAUUGGCGAUUUUUAGUUGUAUGCCAACAACAUUAUCUAGUGGAGUUGCACUGACACAGCUUGUCGGUGGGAACUCUGCUCUUGCUCUUGCAAUGACUGUGAUAUCUAAUCUAUUGGCCAUUUUAACAGUGCCAUUUUGGAUCUCAAAUGUUUUUGCUGAUGGUUUUGGUGUAUCCAUUCCAACAGGGGAGCUAUUUUGGAGUCUUAUUUUCACACUUCUCGUUCCUUUGAUUUUGGGAAAGGUAGUGCGAAAUAUGUUGAAAGGUCUGGCAACAUAUAUUGAUCAGAAUCAAAGGAUUUUCUCAAUGAUGAGUACUGUCCUUCUUAGUCUUACGCCAUGGAUGCAAGUAAGCAAGUCAAGACCCUUGAUUUUAAUGUUAAAGCCAAAAGGAUUUAUUGAAGCUAUGGGAAUGGGAAUACUUGUGCAUCUCACCCUUCUGGUUUUUAACGCCAUUGCAGUAAAGUGCAUCUCAGCCGGCUUUGGUGGUAGAGAAUCCAUUUUUUCAAAGAAAGAGAAUUUCCGCGCUCUCUUAAUAGUUUGUAGCCAGAAAGCUCUGCUCAUCGUUGUAGCUGUAGUGGAUCAGCUCAGUGAUGUAGUUGGUGAAUCAGGGCUGUUAGUUCUUCCUUGUGUUGUGGCACAUAUUAACCAGGUCAUCAUUGAUUCAGUAUUAGUAAACUUUUGGCUCUGGAAAGAUCUGUCAUACAACAAAGAUUUUGAAGCAUGACCCUUCUUAGUUGAUGUGCAUUUUGCAAAUUUGUUGUGCUUUUCAGCAUUAAACUCAUAAUAAUUUUGUAAGGAGAUAAAAUUACAUAACACCCCCCA